CGUCCAGAGAGGCAAUGAUGAAGUGUUGCCUUGGCAGCUUCCCUGCCCGCUUCCGCAUCUAAUAUCAAAGGUUUCCAUUGGGUGGUCGCUCUUCCUUGGAGCCUGUCGGAACAAUGGCGGACCGCCUAACGCAGCUGCAGGACGCCGUGAAUUCGCUUGCAGAUCAGUUUUGUAAUGCUAUUGGGGUAUUGCAGCAAUGCGCACCGCCUGCAUCCUUCAGCAAUAUACAGACUGCAAUAAACAAAGAUCAACCUGCUAAUCCUACAGAAGAAUAUGCCCAGCUAUUUGCUGCAUUAAUUGCAAGGACAGCUAAGGAUAUUGAUGUUUUAAUAGAUUCUUUGCCCAGUGAAGAGUCCACAGCUACGUUACAGGCUGCAAAUUUAUACCGCUUGGAGGAAGAGAACCAUGAGGCAGCUGCCCGCCUUGAAGAGGUGGUGUAUCGUGGAGAUCUGCUCUUGGAAAAGAUACAGAGUGCCUUAGCUGACAUUGCUCAGUCCCAGUUGAAGACACGGAGUGGCACCCGUAGCCAACCUCUCCCAGAGUAAUUGUGGCAUUUGGCAAGGCUUGACAGUGAUGCCCAUACCUCUGCAGAUGUCAGAGGUGCAAAAGGAGAAGGAACACCUAACACAACUCACUCUUGAGCCUUCAUCCCGUGUACUAUUUAUGAGACUCCAGUUAUGGGAUGCAAUACAAGUCGCAUCUUUUUUGUGAUACUAUGCUAGUAUGAGAGACCAUCGUGAACAGAAGAUUUCUGGAAUUUUCAGUUCCAUGUAUUUGUCACAUCCAAGCCUUAUACUUUGAGUGGUUUGUCAGUGGGCUAGAACGUACAGUCUCAUGCAAAGAUAUCCUUGCGUCAUCAUCCCAACAAAGAUGCAAUGACUUUUAUUGUUAACCUGCGUGGGGUAGAGAGGUUUGGAUGUUUGUUUAUUGCUGAAUAUUAUCUAGAAGUACUGUAGAGGGGGAAGAAAGGCAUUCCGGAAGCUGUUGAACCAGUGGCAACUUGUAUACAACUUCACUUAGAAAUGUAAUUGUUACAUACAAUGAUAAUAGUAUGGUCUGUUUUGAACCUAGAAUGUGGAAAAGAGUUCUGGAGAAUCAGGGGCUUUCCUGCCUUUUCCACAUAGCAGAUAACUGUGGCUAAAUUCAAGACAAUAUAAGCUGAAGUAUUGUCAAGAUAACUACUGUUAGAAGCACUGUUUUUGUAGUAUCAAAAAUGAAUAAAGGUUUGGUGUUGCAUUGAGUAAA